CUAGUGGCGCGUUCCACGCAGGUCCCCGCACUUAACCUCUGCGCGCCCGGCGCGGUGCUGGCGGCGGGGAGUGCGAGCCUGCAGCCGCAGCCCCGCGGACCAUGACUUGCUACCGGGGCUUCCUGCUGGGCAGCUGCCGGCGCGUGGCGGGCGGCCGGGCGGCUCUGCGGGGCUCGGGCGCGGACGGACGGCGGCACCUGGGGCACGGGCAGCCGCGCGAGCUGGCGGGCCGUGGCAGCCCCGCCGACGGCGGCUUCCGCCCCUCGCGGGUGGUGGUGGUGGCGAAAACCACCCGCUACGAGUUCGAGCAGCAGCGCUACCGCUACGCCGAGCUCUCGGAGGAGGACCUGAAGCAGCUGCUUGCACUGAAAGGCUCCAGCUACAGUGGACUACUUGAACGACAUCAUAUUCACACCAAAAAUGUAGAACAUAUAGUUGAUAGUUUACGGGAUGAAGGGAUUGAGGUUCGUCUUGUCAAGCGGAGGGAGUACAACGAAGAAGCUGUUGGAUGGGCAGACGCUGUCAUAGCGGCAGGAGGUGAUGGCACGAUGCUUCUGGCAGCGAGUAAAGUUUUGGACAGACUUAAACCUGUCAUUGGGGUCAACACUGAUCCAGAACGGUCUGAAGGUCAUUUAUGUCUGCCUGUUCGAUACACACAUUCCUUCCCUGAAGCCUUACAGAAGUUCUCUCGUGGUGAGUUCAGGUGGCUGUGGAGACAGCGUAUCAGGUUAUAUCUGGAAGGGACUGGCAUAAACCCCAUUCCUGUGGACCUUCAUGAACAGCAGCUGAGUUUCAAUCAGCACAGCAGAGCCUUUAACGUCAAAAGAGCUGAUGACGGAAGCUCCGAGGCUUCUGGACCUCAGCUUUUGCCAGUGAGAGCACUCAAUGAAGUCUUCAUUGGGGAGAGUCUGUCAUCCAGAAUGCCUUAUUGUUGGGCUGUAGCAGUGGACAAUUUAAGAAGAAGUAUACCCAAUCUAAAGGGACUGGCUUCCUACUAUGAAAUUUCAGUUGAUGAUGGCCCCUGGGAAAAGCAGAAGAGUUCAGGACUCAAUCUGUGUACUGGAACAGGAUCAAAGGCCUGGUCAUUCAAUAUCAACAGGGUUGCAGCUCAGGCUGUUGAAGAUGUUUUAAAUAUUGCAAGACGACAAGGAAAUCUGACUCUUCCAUUGAACAAAGACUUGGUAGAAAAAGUAACGAAUGAAUAUAACGAAUCAUUGCUCUACAGUCCCGAAGAACCGAAAAUACUUUUCAGUAUUCGAGAGCCAAUAGCGAACAGAGUUUUCUCAAGCAGCCGUCAGCGAUGUUUCUCCUCAAAAGUUUGUGUCCGUUCUCGAUGUUGGGAUGCCUGCAUGGUUGUGGAUGGAGGAACUUCUUUUGAGUUUAACGAUGGAGCCAUUGCUUCGAUGAUGAUCAAUAAAGAAGAUGAACUUCGAACUGUGAUUCUAGAACAGUAAAGGAUUUCCUCAGAAGACAGAUUUGAUUACUAUAAACAUAUUUUUUUUCUGCAAAUACAGAUGACCAGCCAUAAACCUCCUUUAUUUUGGUUCGUACCAAGACUGGAGUCAAAGGUGGAGACUAAAGUGGGAUCCAUGUGCUGUUCUGUUCCAUUUUGAUAGUCAAAAACUGUUCACCAUGUGAGAAGUGAUGGACUGAAUGGAUUAGAAUCAUGUUGGUGAAGCUUCUGUAUUACUUACAGUUGGUAACCAAAAGUAUUGAUAUUCUUUAGAGAGGCAGGUUAAAUAAAGGUUAAGUAUUUAGGAUUUCAAAUUUAACUGUACAAGCAUUUUGGUUUGGUUUGGUUUUUUUCUUCCUAACUUUGUGGAAUUGGCUGUGUGUCAUUUGAUUAGUGUAUUAUUUUUAUAGCACCUAAAAGUAAAGAUUUUUAAAAAUUUUGAUGAUGGAGAAUUUUGAUAAAUCAUGAUGUUGACCUAACUGCAGUUGGUAAAUGUGUUUUUGUAAAUGUUAAGAAUUUUCUAAUUCUAGGAAAUAAUGAUGAAAUCACUAUCGAUUGAAAAAAUUGAAUCAUUUAAAAAAUUAUUUGUAGAUGAAUUCUGA